AUGGGCAACGCGCUGCGGAAGGGCAAGGAGGCCCAGGGGGCGCUCGGAAAAAUCCUGAAUAGAAUCUACCCGAUGUUUUCAAUUCAUGGCCAAGACAGCUCGCGCAAGGAUGAAGCCAAAGAUGGAGGAGCAGACGAAGGUGCACCCGCGAAGGGGGGAGACGAAAAAGGAAAAAAUAAUUUCCUUCUAAGGGCGGUAGCCGACAUGACGAAAGGGGAAAAGACGCUACUCAUCAUCGCCUUGGCAUUUUUAGCAAUCAAUGCGUAUACGAAUUUGAGUUACCCGAAGAUUAUGGGACAGUGCGUCGAGACGGCCAAUCUCGCAGAGGGGGGUGUAACCGCAGUUAGCGCUGUUUGCGGCGGAAGCGGCAUUGGGGCCCCCACCAAGUGCAACUUUCUGAUGACCCUUCUGCAGAAGACCAAAAUGUUAAACAGAAUGUUCCUGGGUACCCCGGACAGAGGCGCGCACGGCGUCUUCUGCUUCCUACCAUACUUCAUCUGCGGAGGCGUGGCGUCCUACUUCAGAAUAUACUUCACAAACAAGUGCAUUAAGAAGGUGGAGAACCGACUGAAACGGCGAGUACACAAAACGAUCAUUACGCAAAAUAGUGAAAAAUCUAAAUCGCAUAAAUCGCCAGACUAUCUCGUCAAUUGCCUUUUUAACGAAAUAAAUUUUUCUGCCAAACAUCUGAUUACGUCUAUCACACAAAUGGUGCGUUAUGGUAACUCCAUCCUCGGGGGAAGCAUCUCGAUGAUAUGCAUAUCUCCCUAUUUGACCAAACUGUGUGUCUUCGUUGUGCCCACGUACGGGUUUCUCGUCCUUCUGAUUUUGAGAAAACUCAAAAGUAUUAAGAUGAAGGCAUCCAAUUGUGAAGAAAAACAAAUGGCUAGAUUGUCAGACAUUUUACAGAAAAAAAAUGUCAUAUCCUUUUUUGGAAAUGAUUAUUAUGAAAAUCGCUUUUUUUGUAAAAACUUAAAAUACAUGAACAGACUAAAUGAGAGGUACACAAAUUGGGAGUCCCUAUUUUAUUCCUUCCUCAAUAUAGGAAGCAACAUUGUUAUCUGCUCUAUCCUUUGCUUUGGAAGAAGCGAACUGAACAAGAGGAAUAUCACCCAUGGCCAACUGGUCUCCUUCAUUGUCUUCUCCAGCAUGUUAGGGUUAGGGAUUGUCGGCAUGUUAAAAUUGAAAAAGGAUCUCGGCGCUCUACAGAUAAGUCUAGAGAAGAUUUACGAAAUUGUGGACUUCACGCCGAUGAGAAAUGCAGAACGGGGUGGGAAGACACUAAAAGAGAAGGGGAAGGCUUCUAUUCAGAUGGAAGGCCGAAUAGGAGGCACCCCCCCCAUUGGUGAGGUGAAUAGGGGAGAGAAAUCCCCCAUUGCUGAUCCGUGUCCAAGAAUCCUCCGCGGAAGCCUCAAAUUCGAAAACGUGCACUUCGCCUACAACGCAUUCGAUGCCACCAAAAGGAAGGAUGUGCUAAAAAACAUAAACCUCGAAAUAAAAGAAAAGGAGAAGGUAGCCAUCAUAGGUAAGAGCGGGUCGGGAAAGUCCACCCUGUGGAAGCUCCUCACCACGGAUUACGACUACCAGGGGAACAUAUACAUUGACGGGUAUGACUUAAAAGAUAUAAACAGAACUUAUUUUAAAAAAUGCAUCAUAUCGGUUAGUGAGCAGGACUGCUGCGUCCUGAAUAGGUCUCUGUACGAAAAUUUAAUAUACGCCCUGUUGCCCGUAAAAAUUGAGGGCAAGCGGAAUUUGCCAAAAGUUAUCACCAUGGGAAGAGAAGAGUCGCGUCGUGGUCUCACAGGGCGGAUCCGCAACGAUCAGUCGUCUCUCCCGAAGGAAGGAGAAGUCGCACCAGAUGCAAAGCCAGACGAAGGAGCCCACAACCACAGCGAAACCUGCGACACGGCCAAUACGUCCAACCCGUCGAACACCCCCCCGGGAGAGGGCAAAAUAACUCGAAGAGGUGAGGCAGCCCAGAGAAAGGACCUAGCCAAUUACGCCCUUCUCCAGGAGUACGGGCAAGACAAAUUAAGCCUCAUAAACGAAACCCUAAGUGAACUAUGCGAAGAGUUAGAUUUGACUCAGUUCAUACGCUCCCUACCAGAACAUGUUCACACGAGUAUCCAGAACAAUGCCAUGUCAUCCGGACAGAGACAAAGAAUAUCCCUCAUCCGAUCUUUAAUAAAAGACACCCCAAUUUAUGUGUUCGAUGAAAUCACAUCAUUUCUGGAUGAGUCCAACGUAGAAAGAGUACACAAUCUAAUUAAUACGAUAAUACCUAAUAAGACAAUCAUUUACGUCACCCACUCUGUGAAUAUAUUACACCAGAUGGAUAAAAUAAUCAUCGUCGAUGAAGGGAGGAUACGCUCCAUUGGCACCUUCAGUCAGAUUAAGAAUGACCCGCUUUUUUUGGACAUCUUUUCGCACUCGAAGGUGUCCUCUAUAUGA